ACCAAAAUCCAGAUAAACAACAAAAUAUUCUACUCAUGUCUCUCUUACAGAUAUAAAGGCCAUGUUUUUCCUGGUCAGCUUGUCAUGUCAGGAAUUUUUCAAGAGUUGCCUAACUUUCAGUUCAAGUCUGACGAUGUUGUUGUUGCUAGUUACCCUAAAACUGGAACAACCUGGGUCCAGGAGAUAGUGUACAUGUUGACGCACAACUUCCAAAAGAGUGACGAAACUUCGGAGGUUUUAGAAACUAGGUUUCCCUACUUGGAGUAUCCGUAUCCUGGGAUAAGGUGGCUAUCCGGCCAGGUGGGAGCUCGCUACAUCAAGACUCACCUACCCUACCAUCUACUACCAUCCUCCUUUGAUGACAGCAAUGCUAAGCUCGUGUAUAUAACUCGUAAUCCCCGAGAUACAGCAGUGUCAUACUUCUAUUUUAUGCGACUCUUAACUCAGAGUAGUUAUGAAGGGUCGUUCUCCAGCUUCAUCACAAUGUUCCUCAACGACAUGGGUCACCCUGCCCCAGUGGGAUAUGGCUGGUACAUUGAAAAAACUUGUGAAAAUUGUGAGACCUUUACCCACUCUGCCUGAGGUAUCCCAGCAAGUGAACCCAUCUCCUAUAUUUUCCCAGUGCUGAAAA